CACUGCUCAACUGACACACGCAAGAGAGAAACAUGUUAAGGUUUUUAAAAGUGGAAUGGAAUACAUAGCAGGAGCUAYAUGAACAUUGUCUUGGUGCAUGAAAGUAGGAGCCACAACAACUACUUGUUGAGAUGAAUUCUACAACCACUCCAUCCAACUUCAGUGUGAUCGAUGGGAUCAACUUAUCGUCACCCCACAAUGAGGGAAACAGUGAAAAAACAAGUCAUCAAUUCAAGGUCCUGCUGGCCAUCAUCAUGUCUUUUCUGGUUCUGUGCAUCGUCUUCGGCAACAUCCUGGUCAUAACAGCGAUUUCCCGUUUCCAGCGUCUCCAGAACGUCACCAACUGUUUCGUCACGUCUCUGGCCUGUGCCGACCUGGUCAUGGGUCUCAUGGUGGUUCCCUUUGGUGCGAGUUCCGUCAUCUUUGAUACUUGGUACUUUGGCAAUUUUUGGUGUGAGUUCUGGACGGCAACUGAUGUGCUCUGUGUAACCGCGAGCAUCGAGACCUUGUGCGUUAUAGCCAUAGACCGAUAUUUGGCCAUCACAUCACCUUUUCGCUAUCAGUCAUUGUUGACAAAGUGCAAAGCUCGAAUUGUGAUUCUGCUGGUUUGGGUGAUAGCGGCACUGACAUCAUACCUGCCCAUCCACAUGAGGUGGUGGGUAUCAGAUGAUCCAAAUGCAGAGAAAUGCUUUAAUGACACUAACUGCUGUGAGUUUGACGUCAACACAACUUAUGGCGUCCUCUCUUCUGUCAUCUCCUUCUACAUCCCUUUGAUCAUUAUGAUUUUUGUCUACAGCCGUGUUUUCCAGGAGGCUAAGCGACAACUGAAAAAGAUUGACCAAAGCGUUGGCCGCUUUCAAAAGAGCAACAGUGACGAUGAUCAAUCUUUGGAAACCAGCAAUGGGCGCAGACUAAAAAAGAUCAAGUUUUGCCUUCGGGAGCACAAAGCCCUUAAGACACUAGGCAUCAUUAUGGGCGUCUUCACUCUCUGCUGGUUGCCGUUCUUUCUGCUCAAYGUGGCCUGGGCUAUAUGCAAAGUGGAGUACAGCAAAGUGGAGUUCAACCUCUCCUUUAGGAUUCUCAACUGGAUAGGCUAUUCCAACUCUGCCUUCAACCCCAUCAUUUAUUGCCGGAGUCCCGAUUUCAGGUACGCKUUUAAGGAACUCCUGUGCUUGAACAGAAACCCCUUCAGCAACCCAGGACCUGUGAACGGAUACGUCUACAGCAGGCACAGCUGGCAGAGCGAGCCACAAAGGAGGAGUAAGGGCAGCCUGGACGAUGAUGACACCAGUGAAAGGUGUCCGGGAAAGGGUGCAGGGGUCUGCUGCCUUAAGGACAAAUCAGUAGACCCGAAUGGAAACAACAAAACCCUGUCAACUGUGACGACUUCCCUGUAAACCUGGAGCUCCAAGACUUCAUUAAUCAGGGGAAACUCAACCGUGUUUACACUGCGAUCACACACUUUAUUUUAUUUCUAAUUGACUAAUGAAGGUAAGGCCAGGCAGUGUAACUGGCAGAGUCUUGUAACUGCUUUAAACAAACGGCAAUAAUCAUKAUGAGCUGAGGAAAGUAUUCCAUUUAUACUGUAGAUAGUUUUUUUUACAUGGAUCAUAAUUAUUUUGCAUCUACCUCAUCACAGCUUUACGUUGUUUUUGUCUUAACUGUCUUUUUUUACAUUAUGUGRACAUUAGCUAACUAGGUAUGUGUGCAUUAACUCAAAUAAAUKGUCCGUGAAUGACAUAAUUACAGAUGAGCUGCUUUCAGUUAAAUUUUAUUCUUCUCAAACUUUUAUUUGAAUUACAUCAAAAUUCAUAUUUGUGUUGAGAUAUAUAUAUAUAUAUAUAUAUAUAUAUAUUAAUUUCAGUGGAGAUUUGAAAGUUGGUAGUUUGAUUCAAGAAUGCUCAUUUGCUAUUUGGAGUAAGAAAUCAAUUUGCAUUACUGGUUGAUAAGCGGACCAAUUGCAUCUCUUUGACACACUGUUCCAAAAAGUACAUUCCUUAUCAGAUUAGGUUUUUUGUUUGUUUGUUUGUUUUGCUUGUACUUUUUGUCUUUGUGUUUGUAGAAGCUUCUAAGACCAGAAAGAAACUAACAAAAAAGAAAAAAAAGUCAAGCAGGAAAUGUCUGUAUCCUGCUCUGGUGUUCUGCAGACUGUUGCAUGUAAGUUUCUGUGGUCAGCAGAUCCUACUAGAGACGCACGCGUUCACUAAAAUGAAGCUCGCCAUCGAGCUGAAACACA